CUUGCUUACUCUUCCGCAACUGCCAACCAACAGUCAGCAUGCAACUAACAUGCUAACGUUGUUUGCAAUACUUUCAUUAUUAAUGUAAUGGAACGAAAGGAAUCUAACCUCUCUAUCUUACUUCCACUCUGCUUCUUCUCACUACCUAGCUCACCUCCCACUUUCACUUUCCCUCCAACCAUAACAUGGCUGAGGAACUGGAUAAACCGUUGCUUGAUCCUGAGAAUUUCAACCGAGAUGGCAUUGAUUUGGAGCGUAUACCAUUAGAAGAAGUAUUUGAACAGUUGAGAACAUCACGAAGAGGACUUUCAUCUGACGAUGCUGAAGCUCGAAUAGAGAUAUUUGGCCCAAACAAACUUGAAGAGAAGAAAGAGAAUAAAAUAUUGAAAUUUCUUGGUUUUAUGUGGAAUCCUUUAUCAUGGGUUAUGGAAGCAGCAGCACUGAUGGCGAUUAUCCUUGCUAAUGGUGGAGGGGAAGGUCCUGAUUGGCAAGACUUUAUAGGGAUCAUAUGCCUACUGGUAAUAAACUCAACUAUUAGUUUUAUAGAAGAAAAUAAUGCAGGUAAUGCUGCAGCAGCAUUAAUGGCACGUUUAGCUCCUAAAACAAGGGUUCUCAGAGACGGGCAGUGGCAAGAGCAAGAUGCAGCAGUUUUAGUACCUGGGGAUAUAAUUAGCAUAAAAUUGGGAGAUAUAGUUCCAGCUGAUGCUCGCUUGCUAGAAGGGGAUCCUCUAAAAAUUGAUCAGUCAGCCCUUACUGGAGAAUCUCUACCUGUCACGAAAAGAACGGGUGACGAGGUCUUUUCCGGUUCAACAUGUAAACAUGGAGAGAUUGAGGCUGUAGUGAUAGCAACAGGAGUUCACUCCUUUUUUGGAAAGGCGGCAUACCUGGUUGAUAGUACCGAAGUUGUUGGACAUUUUCAGAAGGUCCUUACCUCAAUUGGUAACUUCUGCAUUUGCUCUAUAGCUAUAGGGAUAAUUUUUGAAAUAAUUAUAAUGUUCCCAGUAGAGCAUCGAUCAUACAGGGAUGGAAUCAACAAUCUUCUUGUUCUCCUAAUUGGAGGAAUACCCAUCGCUAUGCCAACAGUCUUAUCUGUAACACUUGCAAUUGGCUCUCACCGUCUUUCUCAGCAGGGAGCCAUAACUAAAAGAAUGACAGCAAUUGAAGAAAUGGCAGGCAUGGAUGUGCUCUGCAGUGACAAAACUGGAACUCUUACACUGAAUCGCCUGACUGUUGAUAAAAACCUUAUUGAGGUUUUUAAUAGAAAUAUGGACAAAGAUACGGUUGUUCUACUAGCAGCCAGAGCAGCUAGGCUGGAAAACCAGGAUGCCAUUGAUACUGCCGUAGUUAAUAUGCUAGCUGAUCCAAAAGAGGCACGUGCAAACAUCACUGAAGUUCAUUUUCUACCAUUCAAUCCUGUAGAUAAACGUACAGCUAUAACGUAUAUUGAUUCUGAUGGCAAUGUUUAUAGGGCCACUAAAGGAGCUCCGGAACAGAUUCUAGAUUUGUGUCAAGAGAAAGACCAAAUUGCCAGAAAAGUGCACGAUAUAAUAGACAAAUUUGCUGAAAGGGGAUUGCGAUCUCUUGCAGUUGCUUAUCAGGAAGUUCCUGAAAAAUCCAAGGAUAGCCCUGGAGGUCCUUGGACUUUUUGUGGCUUGUUGCCUUUGUUUGAUCCACCAAGACAUGAUAGUGCCGAAACCAUCCGAAGAGCACUUAACCUUGGAGUCUGUGUAAAGAUGAUUACAGGUGAUCAAUUAGCCAUUGCAAAGGAGACAGGCCGAAGACUUGGCAUGGGAACAAACAUGUACCCUUCUUCAUCUUUGUUAGGGCAUGAAAAAGAAGAGCAUGAAGCUCUACCUGUAGAUGAGCUCGUUGAAAUGGCAGAUGGAUUUGCUGGUGUUUAUCCUGAACACAAGUAUGAAAUAGUGAAAAUUUUACAAGAAAAGAAACAUGUUGUUGGGAUGACCGGGGAUGGAGUAAAUGAUGCCCCAGCAUUGAAGAAAGCAGAUAUCGGAAUAGCUGUGUCAGACGCUACAGAUGCUGCAAGAAGUGCUGCUGAUUUGGUCUUAACCGAGCCUGGGUUAAGUGUCAUUGUUAGUGCUGUGUUAACAAGCAGAGCGAUAUUCCAAAGAAUGAAAAAUUAUACAAUAUAUGCUGUCUCCAUCACCAUAAGGAUAGUGGUUGGUUUUACUCUCCUGGCAUUAAUUUGGGAGUAUGAUUUUCCACCAUUCAUGGUCUUGAUCAUUGCAAUACUAAAUGAUGGUACUAUCAUGACCAUAUCUAAAGACAGAGUGAAGCCAUCCCCGACACCCGACAGUUGGAAGCUACCAGAGAUAUUUGCAACAGGAAUAGUGAUCGGAACUUAUCUUGCUCUGGUCACUGUCCUAUUCUAUUGGGCAAUAGUUGAGACCACUUUCUUUGAGACCCACUUCCAUGUAACCUCAUUAUCUAGUGACAGCGAGAAAGUUUCAUCAGCUGUAUAUCUGCAAGUUAGCAUCAUUAGCCAGGCUCUAAUCUUUGUUACUCGAAGCUAUGGAUGGUCAUUUCUAGAGAGACCCGGAGCUCUGCUAAUGUGCGCCUUUGUAAUAGCUCAACUGGUGGCGACCUUAAUUGGUGUGUAUGCAAAUAUCAGUUUUGCGAAGAUUAGCGGAAUUGGAUGGGAAUGGGCUGGUGUUAUAUGGUUAUACAGUUUGAUCUUCUAUGUACCAUUGGACGUCAUUAAGUUCACAGUGCGUUAUGCCUUGACUGGAGAUGCCUGGAAACUCCUAUUUGAAAGAAAGACUGCUUUUACAUCAAAGAAAGACUAUGGAAAAGAAGAUAGGGCUGCCAAGUGGGUUCUUUCUCAGAGGACUCUACAAGGACUGCAUCUCAUGGCCGCCGGAGGCCUGGAGGUAAACGGAAGACGCUCUUCUAUCAUAGCUGAACAGGCCAGACGACGAGCUGAAAUAGCCAGGCUAGGGGAGUUGCACACUCUCAGAGGACACGUUGAGUCUGUUGUCAGACUCAAAAACUUACACCGCAAUAUCCAAUCAGCUCAUACAGUCUGAUGCAUUGCUUCUACCAUUAUUGCUUAUUUCUCUAUAAAGUUUGCAUCUUUUUCCACUCCCUCCAAUUUUGUACCUCCCUCAACGAAUCUUACGCAUAAACUAAAUCUAAUUUUUUAGCCGUA